CAUUGGUGUAGAAGCUACACGUCAGAAAUGGGAAGAGCAUUGGAAAACCAGAGUUACCGAUAAAGCGUUUGGAUGGUUGGCAAAAUCGGCAAAGGCGACUAGUAUUCGAUUGCCCAUUGGAUAUUUCACUCUCGGACCGGAAUUUUGUAUUGGAACACCUUUUGAAAACACGAAAGAUGUGUACCAAAAUUCAUGGACAAUCGUUAAGGAAUUUAUUACUCGAGCUCGUGCGUUUGGAGUCGGAGUUCUCAUUGAUCUUCACGCUUUACCUGGCGGUGCGAAUACAGAUAUGCAUUCUGGGUCUAGUACUGGGAAAGCGGAACUUUGGGGCUCAAAAAAGAACCUCGAUCUCGCGAAAAAGGCAUUGUUAUUCAUUGCAAAAGAAUGUAAGGACUUGGACGGCGUAAUUGGCAUUCAACUUUGCAACGAAGCAUGUUGGGAUGCCGGAAAGAGGAAUGUAUAUUUUCUACGACUCCAUCAUUCGAUCAAUUUCCGAAAUUGAUCCGGACAUGCCGAUCUACAUAAGUGAUGCUUGGGAUCUUUCUCUUGCUUUGAAAUGGGUCAAAGAGCGACACUGGAGAUCUGGAAAGAUUCCUGCCAAUCCCGUCGUCAUAGAUACACAUAAAUACUACACCUUCGCAGAUAAACAUCGUUCACAAGCCGCACAUGAUCUUAUUCGUCAGAUCCCGAACGAAAUGGGUGAAUUACCCAAUUGUAGUCCCAGUGCCACACAUAUAUCCUCUGGCGGAGAAACACAAGUUAUAAUUGGUGAAUAUAGUUGUGUGCUCGAUGGAAAAAGCUGGGGAAAAUGUCAUCCUGAUAUGAAAGAAGGUUUAGUCCGACAAUUCGGACAACUCCAAUGCAAGAAAUGGUCUGAUGGAUGUAGUGCAGGAAGUUAUUUCUGGACGUGGAAGAUGGAAUGGAUGGACGGCGGUGAAUGGGGAUUUGUAGAACAAGUGAAGAAAGGAAAUGUUGUUGCUCCAGUCUACAUGAGUUGGCUUGUAGAAGAAGUUAAAGAGAAAUUGAGGAAGGCAGACGAACAAAAGUAGGCCUUAUGGAGAAAAUGGUUAAAGAACAUGCGGAUUAUUGGAACCAUACGAAUCCUGGGAAACAAUUUCAGCAUGAUUUGUAUCAAAAAGGUGGGAAACCGGGUGGGAGGAUGCCAAGGCAUUUUUGGGGUCGAGGGGUGAAAAGGGCGGAGCUGAUAGAAUAGGUUGCUUGGAGAUAUGGAUUAAGAAACGGAUGAUAGAGUUUGGAGAGGGGGAAUUU